CACCACGAAAGCGAGGAUGCGUGCAAGCCAUACGACCAGUUCAUUCUCUUCGGGGACUCCAUCACCCAGAUGUCCUGCAAUCAAGCCCUUGGUUUUGCCUUUGCCGCGGAGCUGCAAGAAGCCUACAGUCGCAAGCUGGAUGUAAUCAACCGAGGCUUCUCAGGCUAUACCACUGCGCACGCCGUCAAAGUCUUCCCAAAGUUCUUCCCGUCUCCCCAAAUCGCCAAUGUGCGAUUCAUGACCAUCUUUUUCGGUGCCAAUGAUGCAUGUGUUCCAAGUCAUGUUCAGCACGUUCCUCUGGAGCAGUACAAGGAGAACCUGAGAAGCAUCAUCCAGCACCCCGCCACACGCGCUCAGAAUCCAUACAUCAUUAUCAUCACUCCGCCACCGAUCAAUGAGUACCAGCUCGAGGGAUUCGAUAAUGAGAAAAACACACCGCAUCCCAGUCGGACAGCGGCUUUUUCCAAAAUGUACUCGGAGGCAGCCCGUGAGGUUGGGGCAUCGCUCAAGGUCCCAGUGGCGGAUAUCUGGACCGCAUUUAUGGCAAGGGCUGGUUGGCAAGAGGGCCAACCUCUAGUCGGAUCGCGGGACUUACCUAAUAAUGAGGAGUUUUGCAGCUUUUUUACCGAUGGAUUGCAUCUGGCCCCAGCUGGAUACCGAAUUGUCUAUGAUGAGGUAUUGGAGGUCAUUCGAACCAGUUGGCCUGAGCAGGACCCUGAGAAACUCCCGAUGGUUUUCCCUGCGUGGAUUGAUGCUCCAAAAUAA